ACGCAUUGACCACGACGAACGACCCCGACAUGGACGAUAGGCCAGACCCCAUCGCGCAGUUCUUCCCAGAUCAGGACCCAGAUACUGUUGACCUAUACGGCGUUCUAAAUCUUACCAACAUUGCCACCCCCGACGACAUCAAGAAGUCCUACCGCAAGCUCGCCCUCAUUCAUCAUCCUGACAAGCACUCUACCGCGGCCGAGAACGCCAAAGCUGCCACAGCUCUCAAGUUUCAGCAAAUUGGCUUUGCAUAUGCAGUACUAGGCGACGAUAAGCGCAGGCAGCGCUACGACAAGACCGGGCGAACCGACGAGGGACUCGACUUUGGUGCUGAGGAUGGUGGCUGGGAAGCGUAUUUUGAGGAGUUGUUCGACAAGGUGACGAAGGAGAAACUCGAUGAUUUGAAGAAAGAGUAUCAAGGCUCGGUGGAAGAGGUUGAAGACCUCAAGGCUGCCUACGUCGAGCACGACGGCUCUAUCGAUACUAUUAUGAUGCACAUUCCCCACUCUACUUUUGACGACGAAGCACGUUUUAUCGUCAUCAUCUCUGAAUUUAUCAAGAAGGGCGAACUGCCCAAGCUCAAGACAUGGGAGAAGAGUAUCAAGGAUGAGAAGGCGAAACUCGUACGCAAGAAGCAGGGCAAGAAAGAAGCUGCCGAGGCAGAGGAGCUCGCGAAGGACCUUGGCGUGUGGGACGAGUUCUAUGGGAGCGAUAAGCCUACUGCCAGGAAGAACAAGGGCAAGGGUAAGGAGAAAAAGGGUGCAGAGGAAGAGGAAGAGGGCGAGGAGGACACAUCUGCGCUGCAGGCCCUCAUUCUAAAGAAGCGCAAAAACAUGGACGGCUUCUUUGACAGUCUCGCGGCCAAAUACGCGGAGCCGCAGCCCAGCACAAAAGGCAAGGGCGGGAAGAGGCGGGUCAAGGGCGAUGACGACGAUAACGACGACGAGAAGAUACAAGUGUCGCCAAAAAAGCGGUCGCGGAAAGAGGCAGUGCUACCCCCUCCGGAGAUCGAUGAUGAAGAGUUUGAAAAGCUGCAAGCGAAGCUCUUCCCUACGAAGGACAAGGAGGCAAAGCCUACGUCGAAGGACACGACGGCAGCUACGAGCUCGUCGCCGAAGAAGAGGGCUGCAAAGGGGAAGAAGUCUCGGUGAUGGUUCCUUGGUGGCUGGUUCCGUUAUAUUAUUUACUCACGCGUUUGUCACGCGCACCUGACUUCCUGUAAUAUCCACUAGAUUCGUCCUGGCCGUUACGCGUGUUUCCCUGUGCACCGUAUGUCCCGCUCACCUCACUGCUCCAAAUGGCUGCCAUAGGGCCUGCGAAGCUCAUUCUUGAAUAUAGCUUACAUCUGCUACCAGGUAUGAUUCACUU